UAUUAGUUGUGAUGUUCCCCGCAUCGGUUACACUUUAUCCGUCGCAUUAAGUCAUAAAUUGCAGCGCGUGGGGUUGGACCACUGUUCCUUCCAAUCAGCUUGCGGAGGCACCAUCGACAAGGAUUAUCCUCGCAAAGCGCGAGGUUACGCUUUCGAGAUCUGCGAACCCGCUGCCAAACGGAUUCUGACGAAAGCAUUCCUGGAUUUUCAAGAUGGAACACCCGAGUCGCCUGUCUCGGCAGCCACUGCACCUUUUGUUAUUGAAGAAGUUCUACGAGAGGACAGCCUCGAUAUUACCGAUGCACAUCGUGAUAAGAUUCUAAUGCGUAUAAUGGAUUUAUGCUCGCACUCACAAGAUUCCGCGGCUAGUACCCGUAUUUUAGUAACGCAUGGAACUGACACGAUGAUUGAGACUGGACGGUAUAUUUCCGAGCGGAUACUGCGUAUGCCAUCACCACCAGUAAUUGUGCUUACGGGUGCUCUUCUGCCAGAACGUUUCAAAGAUACGGAUGCAGACUUCAAUGUGGGAAUGGCUAUUGGAGCUCUGCAGUGUUUGACGCGUCCUGGCGUUUAUAUUGCCUGCACUGGUCAGGUGAUUCCUGUUGAACAUGCAGAAAGGAUAAUUGCAACCGGAAAAUUUUUUAAUCUUCUCAGUUCGGAAUCCAAACCGUAAACUCUGUUGUCUGCGGUAUUGUGGCAUUUAACAAGUGAUUUGGCGUUCCUGGUGGGUCAGUCGGUGGUAAAAGUGAAUACUAUUUUGUCUUGUCAGUAAAUGCAAGUGCAAACCGCAGCAAGCGGCAGAUAAUAUUUACGUUGUUUAUGUGAAGAGAUAAUUUUGUGCAGUUUGUUAUUUCAACCGUUCUGCUUGAACAGCAAUGUGCAGGUGUUUCGAAGCCAUGAAAUGAAAGCUAAUAGUGUUUUAUGUUAAUUUUGUUCUGCUAUUUGCGCAGCUUAUACGAAAUCUUUGCCCACCAUACACAUUAAAUUUGCAUGUGAUUG